AUGAUUCUAGCUAAACAAACUGGCUAUACAGAAUCUCUGCAGAUCCAUGAAUUAUCCUUAGAAAAUUUACAUAGUAAAGACAAGGAGAAUAGUAAUAAAGACCACCACAUGCCAAACAAGGUCAAAAUCAGGGAUGAGGAUUUGUUAGAUCCCCCCUCCACAACACUAAACAAGGUGUUUUUACCAGCCAGUCCAACGUCAUUCAAAGUUUCACCUUCUGAAGCGUCAGACGAGACAAAUGAAACUUCGCCUAGCUCAGUGGAGCAAAUCGAUGAGGAUACCUCGGAUAACACAAAUGUCCUUGAGACUGAGAGUAUUGAUGAUCAUUUGUUGUACACAAAGACAAACGAAACGCAAACACAUCCGGCAGAUACCGAAAAGAAUCAAGAAAUAGAGCAUCGUGAACAAGCUUAUAGGCAUAGUACUGAGCAGAAACACGAACACGAGCAAUAUCAAGAGCACGAAGAGCCGGGGGAAGAAGCACCACUUCUUGGCCAUACCUUCAAUUCGCACAAAUUCACUUCUUCAAACAAUAAUCUUACAAAAAUACAUGAUAUUGAUCCACAUCAUAUACCGGAUGAUAUGAUUGAAACCCAAGAAGUCCGCACUGGAACCUACAAGAAUAAUGAUAUUAAUAAUAAUAAUGAUAUUUAUAAUGAUAAUAAUAAGAAUAGCAAUAGCAAUGGCAUAAAUCAUAGAAUGACUUUGAAAAAUAGAAGACACACAACACCUGCAUCACAGUUAAUCAGUAAACAAGCACAGCAAAACAAAAAUAGCAAUCAUAAAUCUCAAACUGAUAUUACUCCAAAACCUCCAGCUUCCAGAAAUACAUUUUCGUCCACGACAUCGGUUCCUAUGGUAACGGGAGCUACUUAUAAAACUAGAUCAAGAACUUCUAUGGACCUCAAUGUGAGGCAAGAUUCCACGAACUCAGAGAUAAAUCGAAUGAGAAACUCCAUAUUAGUACGUCGAAACAUAAAGAAGAAGAGGAAGGAGUUUUUGGAAGAUGAAAAGGUCUUGGUUGGAAAUAAGAUUAGUGAGGGCCACGAAAAUUUCGUAAUGGCUUAUAAUAUGUUAACUGGUAUUAGAGUUGCUGUUUCAAGAAAUGCUGGCAUAAUGAAGAAAAUUAAUGAUGAAGAUUUUUCCACUACUAAGAAGUUAUCUUUUAACAUGGAUGGGAGCGAAUUAACUCCUUCUUCAAAGUAUGAUUUCAAAUUUAAAGAUUAUAGUCCGGCAGUGUUUCGAGAACUUCGUUCCAUUUUCGGGUUAGAUCCCGCAGACUACCUUGUGUCAAUUACUGGGAAAUAUAUCUUAAGUGAAUUGGGGUCCCCUGGAAAAUCAGGCUCCUUUUUCUAUUAUUCCCGAGACUAUAGGUUUAUUAUUAAAACUAUUCAUCAUAGUGAACAUAAACAAUUGAGAAGAUCUUUAAAACAGUAUUACGAGCACGUUAAAUCCAAUCCAAAUACAUUAGUGUCACAAAUCUAUGGGUUGCAUAGAGUUAAGAUUCCUGCUUUUGGUGCAAAUAACGGAGGCGGUGGACUGAAAAAGGUACAUUUUCUUGUAAUGAACAAUUUAUUCCCACCACACAGGGAUAUCCAUGUUAAAUAUGAUUUGAAAGGGUCCACUUGGGGUAGAACCACUAGAUUGGAUGAAACUUUAGAAGGCAAGGCCAAGGAAGAUAAUGUAGCUUCCCACACAUUAAAAGAUCUCAACUGGUUAGAAAGGAAAGACACCAUUAAGUUUGGACCGUUAAAGAAGAAGCUAUUUUUUGAUCAAUUGGAAAGCGAUGUUAGAUUCUUGGAAAAGAUCAAUGUAAUGGAUUAUUCACUUUUGCUAGGAAUUCAUGAUACCAAAAGGGGCAAUUCAAUGAGCAACGAAGUCUAUAAGAAAUUAUCUGUUUUUGAUCCCAAGCUGGCCAAUAAGGCAGAUUUGAUUAAUACAAAUCCAAGAGACAUUGAUAGAAUUAAUGACUUGCCCACAAAUGUUUUCCCAGGAAGGUCACAGUAUAUAUUUUAUGGUCAUGAUGGAGGCAUUAGGGCAACAAAUGAGGAUAACGAUCCAUUGGGAGAAAUCUACUACCUUGGUAUUAUAGAUUGCUUAACAAACUAUUCGGUCAAAAAGAGAUUGGAAACAUUCUGGAGAUCAUUAAGCCAUGCCAGACAAACUAUAAGUGCCGUUCCAUCUAAGGAAUACGGAGAUAGAUUUUUGAAUUUUAUUAAGAAAGGGGUAACAACUCCUAAAAAGAAAGUUAGCUAG